AUGUUGCAAAGCCGAAUAGCGAGCAUCUCCACAACCAAAUAUGAAGGAAAUAGGCACUGGGGCCGUCGAAUGCAUGUCACACUUCUCUCCGGCUUCCUCAGUCUGACGUUUGUACUCUCGGCUACUAUAGUUGUUCUCUUCGUUUGCACCAGUCUCAGUAAUUUCAAUGGCUCGUUACAAGGAGCAUUUGCUUUUCUUCCUAUAAUUGGCUAUGGUGUUUGGCUGGUGUUCCAAGCGGCGCUCUCUUCAGUCCUUCCGGGAAAGAUCGCCCACAGGGCCCCCAACUCCAGGAGGUCAUUAUUUGCCCUACAGGAUAAAUACCUCUCCAUAAUUUAUGUAGAAGUAUUCCAGGCCAUUGUAAGUGUGGCUCGAUAUUGGGCAGCGGUGCUCAUGGCAGCCAACAUGUAUGGAUUGCUAGUAUCAGUGCUAGCAUUGUUAAAGGGAUAUAUAAUACUUACCUCAACACAGGAUCGGCGGUUAAAUGGCUCUGUUUUCCAUGACCUUCUGGCCGGACUGUUCCAAAUCGGCUGGUUGGGCAUGAAUUUAUGGGUAGUUAUCGGUCUUUGCAUCGUGGUACAACAACGCUGUCUCUUCUGCACCUUUUCCAAUUCGAUGGCCCUCGUCAUCAGACUACAUCAAUUAUACAUAGCCGACUUUUUGGUUAACGAAAAAUGGUAUCUUUGGACUAUUGGCAACGCCUGUAGUCACUUCGGCUUCUACUUAGGCUGGGGCUCCGCUGUAUGGCUUUCUGUGAUAUACACUACACAAGCACAAUACCUCGCCUCACACCCAGUGCACCCCUCACCUUUGCUCUUCAUUAUUCUCCUUGUAUCAGGCAUUCUUAGCUACAUACUGUUCCGAUUGUCAAAUCAUCAAAGAUACCAUUUUCGGAAAACCACCCGUGUGAUCUGGGCUCGGUACACUACGAGCGGCAGUAAAUCCCACGAGUCUCUGUUACUAUUUUCUGGCUUCUGGGGUAUCGUCCGGUAUCCUAAUUAUGAUGAGAGGCGCUGUCCUGCCAAGUACGGGUUGUGGUGGAAGCGAUACAAACAAUUGGUCUGUUGGUGGUUGAUUCCAGGGCUUUUUUAA